CUCUGAUGCUCAAGUUGCAAUAUCCUGACAUCACCGGGCUAACAGUUGGCCCAAACCCCGCCCCCACCUUCGACCUCGGCCUCUAAGCUUCUCGUAAGCUCUGCGACAGCUCCAAGCCUCCACUUGGAGCUUGACAAGGACGCAUACAUGAGAGCCCAUUUGCUUACGAAUUGAUUAUGCAGGCACUAUCCGAGUGCGUGUAGGAGCUUGAACUGCUUGGAAAUACGUCAGCACUUGACUGACGUUGCCAUGAGCCGUGGAUGAAGCAAUCAAUGAUUCGCGACGAUUGACAACACCCAACGACACCAAUACCAGCAUCAAGCACCCAGCCAACAGCAUCUUUCCUGGCGGACAUUGCAGCCCAACUACAGUACUCACUUGUCCGGCCCGAACCGCGCAGUUUCAUGAAGCAUCUCUGCCGUCUCUCCUCUACGUCUACGUCUGCCUCUAUCGCUGGUCCCCGCAGCAACCUCCACAGCAGCCCCUCCACGUUCAACCCAUCCCACCCACAACUCCAGACCUGCUGUCAGCUUCAACCUCUGCUUCAAUCUCAACCCAAAUCUCAACACCAUCGCCAUUACCAUCGCCAAUCCGCAGUAACUGCAGCCCAAACCCGCAUCAUGUCUACCAUGCCCGCUUCCCACGGCCACAGCGCCGCCUGUUGCAACAUUCCUCCUAUCGUAUCCAAGGGAUACCAGGCCAAAGGCUCGUAUGAGGAAAUCGGCGGCUACAAGACGUAUGUCACUGGCCCCGCCGACGCUACCAAGGCCAUCGUCGUCAUCUUCGACAUCUUUGGCUACUUUGACCAGACCGUCCAGGGAGCCGACAUCCUGGCCUAUGGCGAUGACCACCACAAGUACAAGGUGUUCAUGCCCGACUGGUUCAAGGGCAAGCCUUGCCCUAUUGAAUACUACCCUCCUGAUACCCCAGAGAAGCAGGAGGCUCUGGGCAAGUUCUUUGGCGAGUUCCCGCCUCCCAAGAUUGCCGGCUAUGUGCCCGACUAUGUGGAUGGUGUCAAGGCCCACAGUCCGUCUGUUUCCAAGCUGGCCUUGCUAGGGUACUGCUGGGGCGGUAAAGUUGUUGCUCUCACAGUCAAGGCACCAACAAACGCCUUCGUUGCCGCGGCCUCGGCUCACCCCGCCAUGGUCGACCCUGCUGAUGCCGAAGGCCUCACCAUCCCCUUUGCCCUUCUGGCAUCUGGAGAUGAGACCCCAGAGGACGUCAAGAAGUUUGAGGAGAAUCUCAAGGUGCCCCACCAUGUCGAGACGUUUGCCGACCAGAUCCACGGCUGGAUGGCGGCGCGUUCUGACCUGAACAACGAGCGGGUCAAGGCUGAGUAUGAGAGAGGCUACAAGACGCUCUUGGAAUUUUUUGGCAAGCACGUGUAAGGGGAGAAGAGUAAAAGUUUGAAUCAUGUGUAAUCGCUACUUGUAAGCAAAUGCAAAUGAGAAUGAGAUGAAUGAAUGAAACCGCAGCAGAAGGUUACCCAUCAAUGAUGCCCCUUUCUGCCUCUUGACGCUGUUGUAUAGUGGUACUCUUGUAAGGGAC